CGUGUGGCCAAGUCGAACUCCACAACGAGCCGGAAGACGGAGACGUUCAAGUUGAUGCGGAACCCGUCUGAUAAGGUUUCACCGUCUGAUAAUACUAUCACUGCUGAGGGUGAGCAAUGGACUGUUGUCAAUUCCUCUGACGUUCCUCGCCGGAGGCGGACAAAGGAGAAGCCUGUAGAGAAGAGCGAGAGGGCGGAAAGGGUAGAGAAGCCAUCGUCGCGGGAUCGUGAGAGCAGCAGGAGGGAUCAGCGAAGGCAGGAUAAAACUGCUCAGGACGCUGUCGAGAACCAGGGACGUGCGGGUAGUAGUAGUCAAGGUCGAACGAAACGGACAAAACCGGAAACAGCUGACUCCAGCUCCCUCUCGGGACGUCCUUCGCGAGCGCGUAGUCUUGACACCACCUCCCGUACGAGUGUUAGUCAGCCGAUGGUGUUUACGCUUCAAGGCGAGCCACCUCGUCAACGCAAGAGUGAUGACCGGCCACGCGACUCCUACCACCCAAAGCCCAUCCGACCUGGUCCGAAUCCUAUUUCUGGAAUCGCACAUGUCGAACGCCUGCCCUCAAAUGUAAUUCGUCCAACCUCCGAACUCCCAUCUGCCGCAGAUAUCAAUGCCCUUCGCGCACGCGAGGCAUGGGAAAUGGAUCGCUUAUGGAAGGGCAGAAGCAUGAAUCACCAGGAGUCCAACGUGAUUGCCUCGCCGUCCAGUCGCGAUUCACCGCAGGUCAACGGAGAGUUCAGAGUAGAUGCUUCUGGGCACGGUUCGAGUCACACGUCAUACCUUGUUCAGCCGCUCCAAGCACAUCCUAUGCCCGCGAGCGUGUUCUAUGCCAACAUGCCUUCUGCGCCUCCCCCAAUUAUCUAUACUGCCUCGUCUCCGUAUGGACAGAUGCUGCAUCAGGCUUCCCAUCAGUCUGUUUACCGAUCCCUCCCCAACUCUUUCAUGUUCCCUUCUUCAGAGCCUCCGGUAGAUUCCCCGUCUCGCCAGAACCCUCUA